AUGAGUAAACCAAAUAACGAACAACAACAAUCAAUACAACCUACUGCGGUGCAGCCUACUACUAGCACAAGCACCAACACAGUAUCUACCGGUGCAGGAGGGAAAAAGGCUAAGAGUCAUAACAAUAAUAGAUACAGAGACUACUACAAGGACGAAGAUUUCUCAGAGCGCAUUGAUAAGCAGAUCAAGAGUGGGAAGAAACUUCAUGGAAAUAGCAGAAAGAACCAAAUUUCUAUAAAUCACUUACUAGAUUUCCAAAGCUAUGAGGAUCUGCAAGAGUAUCAAGAAAGAAGAAAGGGAACCAACGGUAACCAAAGAGGCGGUGGACGUAGGCGUAGCAGUGGUAGUAAUGGAAACAGCAAGAAUCGCCGUAAUCCGUUCAAAGUCAACUUACACGGUAUGUCUUAUAUCAACUGUCAUUACAAGUUUGUGGUUGACUGCAGAUCGGACUAUAAGACACAACAGUUGGAUCCAAAUGUCCCCGUAACAGUUUCAGAUAUACUACGGAUCAUAACCCCGAAGGGUAAUGCUUGCCCCAUCUGCUUAUCGGAUGACCCUGUUGCUCCGAGGAUGAUAACUGCGUGUGGCCACAUUUUGUGCUUGACUUGCUUGUUAUCUCUAUUGGACAGCGAAGUGCCUACUUCUGGAAAAAAAAGUGCUGGAGUUGGCGAAAUUAAGUACAAUGAUUGCCCAUUGUGCUCCACGAUUAUCAGGCAAAAGGACAUUAAACCUGUAUUGAUUUCUAAUGUCGACGAAAGGUUUGAAGUCCCUAAGGUCAAAGACGAAGUUGCGCUUACGUUGAUGACAAGGCCUCAAAACAAACUAUUAUCAUUACCUAAAAAUUUCUACGACUUUCACCGGAUGAUAGAUACGUUCCCAUGGGUCCAUGGAGAAGAUGAGGCUGGGGCAGAUUUCCUGCCGAACUUUUUCGUUUACCUGAGAUUCUUAAUGGGAGACUUAAAUUAUUUGAUAGAUAUGUAUGAGAUGGAAAAGCAAUUGAUUUUAGUGCAGUAUGAACAGGAAAGAGAACUAUAUGGCGACGAUGGGAAGUACUUUAAAUUAGCCAUUGAAAAUAUCGAUAAAGAUAUUGAACAAUGGAAGAAGAGCUUUGAAAAUGAUACUCCUCUGCAUAUCAAAAUGCAACCACAACAUCUGAAUUCAUAUGGCUCCAGUAGUAAGCAGAAAGAAGAGCAACCAGGCUCUAAUACGUUUUUUUAUUAUCAAACGGGGUUUAACGCAUCAUCCACGUUUGUACUCUCGCCGCUAGAUAUGAAAGUUUUGAAACAUUCCUAUAACGAUGACUAUUAUAACCUCCCUUCGUCAAUUAUUGCUAAAGUUGAGAAUAUCAGAUAUGAAGAAUUCAACGCAGAGUUGGCAUUUACAAAGUAUAAGUAUUUGUCUCACUUACCAUUUGGAACAAGUAUUGGCUUUUUGGAGUGUAAUUGGUCGAAUAACGAGUUUAUUCAGGAAGAGACAUGGGAAGCAUUCAAAGGGGAUUUAAUCCAACGAACGAAGAACUCAAAUAGAAAGUUUAAGCGUGAAGAAACAAACAGAAGAAGAGCCCUUAAUGACGAAGAAAUCAAAAAUAGAGAGUUCUAUGAAAGAGAAAACAAUAAUGGGGUAUUGGUUAACAACUACGGUGGCCACAACCAACCCUACUCCGAUUAUUAUGAAGACAGCAGUAACGGUGGGAGUUUCAGCUCGAUGACUAGAAACAUUGGAAACCUUUCGGUUAUAGACUAUCGCGAUCUUCCAGUUCUAUCAUCAGAGCAUCCUCUCCCCGUGCCACCCUUAGUCGAUGGCACUACUGAGAGUGGUACAACCAUCGACAGCUCCGGAGGAGCUAGUGAUGAAGUGCCUGGAUCACCCAAGUAUCAAACUACCAUUUGGGGCACCAAGAUUCCUCAAGUGGACCAAGUGUUGAACCCACCACUCGAAGAUAGCGAGGAUGACUGGGAUGCAGAAGAAAUGAUUAGAAGAGCGAAGGAAGAGAUGGAUAGACAAGAAGCUCAAAAUGCUGACGGCUCGCAAAAGAAAAAGAAGAAAAAGAAGAUCCUAUUAUCUUCGGCGUGGUAG